AUUUAGCACCCCCAGCUGAGUGUUAGGUGAGGUUUAAUCCUUUACCCUUCACAUUACAUUUUGUGUAAAUUUCCAUCUAUUCAAUUCAUUUCACAAACUUCAGUCAGUCGCUAAGAUCAUGGCUUGGAUGACACGAUUUCUCACAGCGGUUGCCUUCUUGGCAAUCGGAGUCAUAUUUUCGCCGGAAACGUUCGGAUCAAAAUCAGCAAAGAUCACAUCGUUCGUCAAACUUGCACAUCUCCUAUGUUUCUCCACCGCCUGGGGCGCAGCUCUUUGGGUCACCUUCAUCGGCGGCAUCAUCAUGUUCAAGAAUUUGCCAAGGCAUCAGUUUGGGAAUCUGCAAAGCAAGAUGUUUCCGGCAUACUUUAUGAUGGUUGGGAUAUGCUGUGCGGUGACUGUGGGUUGUUUUGGUUAUACACAUCCAUGGAAGUCUUCAUCAACUGCUGAGAAGUAUCAGCUUGGGUUUUUGGUCUCUGCUUUUGUCUUCAAUCUCACCAAUCUUUUUGUCUUUACUCCCAUGACCAUUGAGAUGAUGAAACAAAGGCACAAGCUGGAGAGAGAGUCAAACAUUGGAGAAGAAGUUGGGUGGACAAAGAACAAGGAAGUUGCAAAGGUCAACCCAAAGCUAGCAGCAAUGAACAAGAAGUUUGGGAUGAUUCAUGGACUCUCAUCUCUAGCUAACAUCAUGUCUUUUGGUAGUCUUGCAAUGCAUUCAUGGUAUUUAGCAGCCAAAAUUGAUCUCUAGAUCCACCCUUCCCCAUGGCUUUUAAUAAUAAUAAUAAUAAUAUAUGUACCAUUUUCUUGAUUUGGAUCGUUACCAUGUAUUAUGAUAUGUUAUAAAAGAAGAGCUUUAGCA